AUGGAGACACCACUUAAGUUCGUUUUCUAUGCAUACACGCCUUCGUUGCCCGCGGCCAUAAUCUUCAUCAUUCUAUUUGCCCUAUCUACCGUGUGGCACAUCAAGCAGCUUUUUCAAUCCAGAACAUGGUAUUUUCUUCCCUUCAUCGUGGGAUGUCUUUUUGAAACUGUGGGAUAUGUCGGUAGGGCCAUCUCAUCAACUGAGUCGCCCGACUUCACCAAAAACCCCUACAUCAUACAAUCAGUGCUCCUUCUGUUGGGACCUACACUCUUCGCCGCGUCCAUCUACAUGAUUCUCGGGCGACUCAUCCACCUCCUCGAUGCCGGCCAGUACUCUCUGGUGCCUGCUCGCUGGAUAACAAAGCUUUUCGUCCUCGGAGAUGUGCUCUCCUUCUUUGCUCAGGGGGCCGGAGGCGGCUUAUUGACUACGGCCAAGGCCCAGAACGACGUCACCAAGGGCGAGAACGUCAUCCUGGGCGGCCUCGGAAUCCAGAUCCUAUUCUUCAGCCUCUUCAUCCUCGUGACGGCCGUCUUCCACGUCCGCAUCCACCGCAAUCCCACGCAGCAAUCACUCAAUGUCUCUGCACCAUGGGUGCCAAUGCUGCAUGUCCUAUACAUCGCAAGCUUCCUGAUCCUGGUUAGGUCCGUGUUCCGCGUCGUCGAGUACUUCCAGGGCUCGACCGGGCUGCUGAUGACUCACGAGUACUUCCUGUACCUACUCGACGCGUUGCCGAUGUUUACAGUAUGCGCUCUGUUCAACUGGAUGCAUCCUGGCAAGGUCAUUAGUAGGUUUAGUCGUGUCGAGGGUGAUGGCGAAGCGGGAGUCAAGAUAGAGAGCAGGCAGCGUUUGGAGGUUUAG